CGUUGUUAAAAAAUGUCAUUUCAAUCCACAAACCGACGACGACUAUUUCUGUAAAUGUAAAGUGAAUGAAGACGGGAAACUUAUUGACGCUCAAUGUGAUCGAUGUAAACUAGCUGUGGAUGUGGGUGAUGAACCACCUGAGGAUGCUAAAUGUGAUACUAAACCUGAACCAAGUGAUUGUCACUAUCAUGGAACACAAUCUAUUACAGAUAGUGGAGAAUGUCAGUGUAAA